AUGAAAACAAGCCACCUGGACCUCCAGGACCGCCACCAGGGCCACCACAGCCAUCACCUGGACCUCCAGGACCGCCACCAGGGCCACCACAGCCAACACCUGGACCUCCGGGACCGCCACCAGGGCCACCACAGCCAACACCUGGACCAACUGCUAACACCUGGACCUCCGGAACCGCCACCAGGGCCACCGCAGCCAACACCUGGACCAACUGGUCCCCCGAGAACAACAGAUGAAAACAAGCCACCUGGACCUCCAGGACCGCCACCAGGGCCACCACAGCCAUCACCUGGACCUCCAGGACCGCCACCAGGGCCACCACAGCCAACACCUGGACCUCCGGGACCGCCACCAGGGCCACCACAGCCAACACCUGGACCAACUGGUCCCCCGAGAACAACAGAUGAAAACAACCCACCUGGACCUCCAGGACCGCCACCAGGGCCACCACAGCCAACACCUGAACCUCCGGCACCACCACCAGGGCCACCACAGCCAUCACCUGGACCUCCGGGACCGCCACCAGGGCCACCACAGCCAACACCUGGACCUCCGGGACCGCCACCAGGCCCACCAAGGCCAACACCUGGACCUCCGGCACCGCCACCAGGGCCACCACAGCCAACACCUGAACCUCCGGCACCGCCACCAGGGCCACCACAGCCAACACCUGGACCAACUGGUCCUCCAAGAACAACAGAUGAAAACAACCCACCUGGACCUCCAGGACCGCCACCAGGGCCACCACAGCCAUCACCUGGACCUCCGGGACCGCCACCAGGGCCACCACAGCCAACACCUGAACCUCCGGCACCGCCACCAGGGCCACCACAGCCAAUACCUGGACCAACUGGUCCUCCUAGAACAACAGAUGAAAACAAUCCACCUGGACCUCCGGAACCGACACCAGGCCCACCACAGCCAACACCUGGACCUCCAGCACCGCCACCAGGGGCCACCACAGCCAACACCUGGACCAACUGGUCCUCCUAG